AUGUCUGGUGUUCUUGUUUGGGUGAGUUGUGGACCCAAAGAGAAUAUCAACUCCUUUCUGAGCUUUGCAUGCAGGAGUAGCAGUGGGGAAAGAGCCCAAAGGAAGUUCUCUGGAAUCAGCUUUGCUACUGGAGCUUCUGCUUUUUCCGGUGCAGUGGCAGCUGAGACUUCAAGAUCCUCAGAGGAGAGGGUCUAUGAAGUGGUGAUGAAGCAAGCAGCUCUUGUAAAGGAGAACAAAAGGGGUACAAACAUUGCUCUGGAUUUGGACAAAGAGGUUGAAGCUUAUUUCACCAAUGGGGAUCUGUUGAAUGCAGCUUAUGAUAGGUGUGGUGAAGUCUGUGCUGAGUACGCCAAGACAUUUUACUUAGGCACACAAUUGAUGACUUCAGAGCGACGAAAAGCCAUUUGGGCAAUUUAUGUGUGGUGCAGAAGAACUGAUGAGUUAGUGGAUGGACCAAACUCUUCACACAUCACCCCUGGGGCCUUGGACAGGUGGGAGCAACGAUUAACUGAUGUUUUUGAAGGUCGACCCUAUGAUAUGUAUGAUGCUGCCCUCUCACAUACUGUCUCAAAGUACCCCGUUGAUAUUCAGCCCUUCAAGGACAUGAUCAAAGGGAUGAGGAUGGACCUUAGGAAGUCAAGAUACGAUAACUUUGAUGAGCUCUACCUUUACUGCUACUAUGUUGCUGGGACAGUAGGCCUUAUGAGUGUGCCAGUAAUGGGGAUAGCACCAGAAUCAAAGGCUUCAACAGAGAGCAUUUAUAAUGCUGCACUGGCUCUAGGCAUUGCAAAUCAACUUACCAACAUACUCAGAGAUGUUGGAGAAGAUGCUAGAAGAGGAAGAGUUUAUCUGCCUCAAGAUGAAUUGGCACAAGCUGGACUUUCAGAUGAUGACAUUUUCCGGGGUAAAGUUACAGAGAAAUGGAGGAAAUUCAUGAAGGGACAAAUAAAGAGGGCAAGGAUGUUUUUUGAUGAAGCAGAGAGAGGGAUUGCAGAGCUAAACCCAGCUAGCAAGUGGCCUGUGUGGGCAUCAUUGUUGUUGUAUAGGCAAAUCUUAGAUGCUAUUGAAGCCAAUGAUUAUAAUAACUUCACAAAAAGGGCAUAUGUAGGAAAAGUCAAGAAGCUCUUAUCACUACCUGCUGCCUAUGCUGUUUCAUUUCUAGGCCCUCAGAACUUGACCAAAAUGGUUAAGAGAUAA